UACCUCCCGACCAGAGCGAACGUGCUGGCCGAUGCCUUGAAGUUAUCGUAUUUUAUUAUCAGUUAAAUAUUGUGAUUUCACUGUUAUUUCUCGUGGUCUUUCAACUGAAAAUGUCGAGUGCAUCGCGAUUGGCAAUUGUUGGCGUAUUGCUGACACUGGUGGCUGCUGCUGCUGGGAUCAAAUGUUGGCAAUGUGGCCAAUACAGCGACGGAGUUGGCUCCAUAACACCCUGCAAUAACCGGAGUGCAGCAAAACUUAAUCAAUGUCCACCAGACGCAAAAUAUUGUAUCAAAUACGUGAGCGAACUGACCGUAGUCCGAGAUUGCGUGCCGACUUGCAGCGAAAAAGAAUGGUGGGGCGCGCGUACAUUCUGCUGUGACACGGACGAGUGUAAUGGCGCCUUCACACGGAGUCCUAUCGUCGCACUUGUCAUCGCAGCGCUCGCGAUCGCGUUCGGACGCUGACCGUAUUAGUAAUGUAUACUAGAAUACAUUAAAGUCGUGUUUCGUGACGUACAGUUUAACAAUUUAUUUCACUAGCGCAUUUAUUCAACAUUUUAAUUAAUAUAUUAAAUCAAUUCAAUCAAUGAAGUAUGCACGUUAUAUCUCUUGAAUUUAAUAUUAAGUAUCAAGAAGUACAAUAUUUAACGACGAAUAUUCUAAUAAUAUUGUUUCUUUAUUAAUAUUUAAAAUGUUUGCUUAUCAUUAGAUGAACAUAAUUUUAUAUAAAAUUCAGUAUUUACAUAGAUAGUAGAUUUAGAUAUUGUGCGUAGAAACUCCACAGAUUAACUUAGAUAUAUAUGAGUAGUUCAAGAUUAUAUAAACAUAAUUUGUAUUUGAUUAUAUUAUAUGGAAUAACUAUAUAUAGUAUACAAUAUACAUAAAUAUUAACCACCAUAUUAUGAUCGCAAGGACCGAGAAGGUCUUAAAGUUCUCGAUUCGUUCUUUAAUUUUUAACACAUAGUUUUGACUUCUAAAAAUAUCAUGCAUUUAUAAAUGAUAAUUUUAAUAAAAUAUAACUUAUUAAGUUUUAAAGGCUUUUGAGACUUAUUAAACGAAAGGAUUUGCUGGUUAAGAAUUGAGAAGGUUGGUUAAGGACCCGAAACAAAUAUAAAUUUUAAUAAAGAAGAAAUUCUGUUAUUUUUAUAAUAGAAACAAAAUCAAUCUUAAGAUUUGUACUUCAGUUUCAUAUUAACGUUGAACAAUGAAAUCUGAUAAAUAAAAUAACGAUUGCUAGUAGAUUGAGCCACUAGAUGUUAUAAAAAACUUUAUGCAAGCAAAUAACGACAAAUAAUAGAUAUAUUAAAAAUGUUAUUAUAUUGUUUUCAAUAGAAAGAUAAAUGUCAGUUAUUAGCAGAAUAUUCUAAUACUUGUGUACCUAAUAUUAUCUAUCGUUAGGUUGAGAACUAAGCGCAAAGUCAAUUAAGUCGGUAAGCCGACUUUCGAAAUUCAGAAAUCGAUUUUAACUCGAAAAAUUUUAAAGCCACGCUUAGCUGUUUCUAAUCAGUUUGAGCUUCGAAUUUAAUUUUAACAUUCGGCAAUGAUAACUCUAUAAGAUUAUAUCACUUAAUCGGUUUAGGUUACUUUAUAAUAAAAUAUUUAGAAACAAUUAUAGUUGCAUUUAAUUAAUUCAAAUAAUUAAACACUUCGAUUAAUUUUAGAAGUAAUUUAUAUAUUCUUAUAAAAUAUAUGAAAUAGAAUUUCCAAUUAUAAACCAUUCAAAUUUUUCUCUCUUACAUACCUAACUAGAUGCAUAUUCAAUUCUUACAAUAU